CUGCCUGAUGUCAUAUUUCCGGUUCCAAAUGAGAUGUGUGGUUGACUGGUCAGUUCAUCUCUCUGGUGUUCGUGACUCUGAGGUUCUAUUGUACAAGGCCAGAUACUGUCUGUCUGUCUUUAUUUUGCCCCAUCACUGUAGAAUCUGAGCAGUGAGAUUUUUGCCUUGGGAAGAACCUAGUGGAAACUGAGUAAGGACCUCGUGAUUUGGCCUUGAUAAUAUAUUUAUUGUGCAUGAGUAUUGUAAGAUCACAAAUAAAUAAUAUAAACUGCUUUCACUUUUAAAAGCUGGCCUGCUUGAAUUGGUGGAACAGAAGAGCUAAGCCUGUGUGCAUCAUAGCCCUCUGCUGGCUAGAGUCUGCUGGCUUAUAACUUAUCUCUGCCUUGGGCAAUACUGUCCAACUCUUGUCCUCUAAAAUGGGCAUUGACUAUAGGACCUGACAUCCGACACACCUAGGAUAAGGAGUGUUUUUUAAACAGUGGAGCGUUUCCCCCUUCUAGUCCUUAUGUGUGGGAAAUGCAAAUCACCGAAACACACACAAACGCACUUCUGUGUUUUCAUAAGAGCUGACUGGGAGUUUGAGAACAUUUUGAAGAAAAAUGUUUUGAACAAAAUUUUGAGAAAAUGUUCAGGGAUUUUGACCAAAAAUACGGGGAGGAAAAUUCACGAAACAUGUUUCUUUUUUCAGACAAGCAAAAAUUUCAAACAUUUUGAGAUUUUUGUCAAAAAAAAAAAAAAAAAAAAAAAAAAAAGAAAGAAAGAAAGAAGAGGGGGGCGUUCUAAAAAGCAUUUCCCACUCCUUAUAUUUGGACUAUCUUUUUAUUUCUACCCACAGAGUCACUUUUUGCUACGUGGAUUGCAUCUCCCCGUCUUUGGAGGAAAAAUAAAUCCCUGCAGUUUCUAAUGAGAAAAUUUGGAGGAUUAAAAAUGAUUUGUAACCCUCAAUGUUUUGGGGUUUUUUUGGCCUAAAUAUCUUUCAUCACUUGAGAUAAUUUAAGCAACAGAGGGGAUUAAUUUCAAGGCUCCCUUGUUUGAGACAAGCAGAGACACGCUACUGGUGACUCAUUGAAGGCUCACGGUAACAUUUAUGUGGUCAGGAUGGACUGCUUCAGAAUGCCAGCAAAUCAAAACAGCCCCUUUCACUUAGUGCAGCUCUUGUUCAGAGUUUUGCUGAGGUGUGAACAAUAACAGCCUCGUGAAGCUGCUUUUAUUCCUGACACACAUUGAGAUGUGAAGGUUGCUAGGACGGUGAGCGCAUUGUGUCAGUUAUUUUCCAGCCUUGGAAUAUCUCUAAAGCAAUACAUGCUGGAUUGAAAUCACGCUUUGUUCUCUGGCUUGAAAGGUGAUUUAUGAUAAAUCUAUUAACAAACAAACAAAAAACACUUUAAAGAGCAAAAUAAUCGGUAAAAGUUGAUGGAACUCAGAAAUAUUAAAUACUUUUGUUUGUUCUAGAGUGGCUCUAAAGACAUACAUUGAAAAACUCUCAUAUAAAUGGCUCAGCAUUGUGCCUUCAGGAAGUAAGUGCUAGUAUAGACUGUAUCUAUGCAACUGUAUGGCAAAAAUCCCAUUUUGUGGCAUAGGGUGAUGAUAAAAUUGGCAGGGGAAAGAAAUCCUAGGAAAUGUUUGAGUUUAAACACCUCAAUUUGGGCAGAGUGGAGGGGAAGAAAUUUCCCCCAGAAAGGACUUGUUCUUAAACCGUUCCAUCUCAUUUCUCCUUGGGGAUGAGUGUAUGUUCCCUUAGUCCAGUUCAUCUAACUUGAACAAGUCCUCCAUGCAAAAACUAGGCACCCAAGCUGAAGUGUUCAUUUAUUCAGGGAUUUCAUUAUUAACAGGAGAAAGUGUUGACCCACUUGAGCGUUGACUCUCCGGGUGUUUUUAAGCCAGAGAACUUGUUAGAUUGGGAGUCCACUGCUGCUAAAAGCAAAUCCGAGCGUACAAUGUUUAUUUUCAGUUUGAUGCCACAUUGCAAAGAGGGAGAAUGGCCCGGUGGUUAGAGCACUAGCCUGGGAGACCAUCUUCAAUACCUGGCACCUCCACAGGGUUCCUGCAUGACCUUGGACAAGACAUUUAAUCUCUCUGCGCCUCCAUUCUCCAUCAGCAAGUGGACAGAACAGCUCUUCCCUCCCUCACAGGGAUAUAUAGACGUUCACUAUAGCGCACUGAGAAGCCAGAAGACCUAUUCGUGGUAAAGCAGCAAAGAUCUAGGCUCCCCGGGGCUGAUAAACCCAAGCCCAUCUUCUGGUUGCUUCCCUGCAACAGACCCCGGUUCACUGCUACUAAAAAAAAAGAGGGCACUUCCAUCAAGGAGCGUGUUUCUCCUUGGCCCAAGUACGAGUUGGCCCACAGGUCUCCAGAUAGCAUGGUGGUGCAGAAUAAGCUGGACACGGGGGACCCGAGGAAAGCGGUCCUCUUGGAGCCAUUCGUCCAUCAGGUUGGGGGCCACAUGAGCAUGAUGAAAUACGAUGAGCACACCAUCUGCAAACCCCUCAUCUCCCAGGAGCAGUGGGUCUACGAGUCGCUCCCCACAGCCAUUAAGCAGUUCACGCCUCAGUACAAAGGUAUCAUCUCGGUGUGCCUCAGAAAGGACAGCUUGGGGAACGUAGGCCUGAUUGCCAGCCCCAGCCUGCCGACCGACAACUGCAGUUCCUUGGAUAAGGAGCAUUCGGUGAUGCUAUGGCAGGAGAUCAAGCGGACGUCAACCACCAGCAGUGAGCGCUUGUUUGUCAAAUGGAGUCAGACACCUUUCACAAAGACCACCAAAGACAGCCUCCCAGGGAAGGCACUCUUUAGGACGGAACUUCAGUACCACACGGCCAUCUCUUCGCUCAUGGAGGAUACAAAUGGGAACCAGCCAGAAAGAAAGAGCUAUAAUCCCUGGGCACUGCACUGCCACCAACUGCACCUGAACCGCAUGUCCUCCAAACUUGAUGAGAACAAACCACAUCAGUUUCUGUUGCUUGAAAACGUGGUGUCAAAGUAUCAAUAUCCCUGCAUUCUGGACUUAAAGAUGGGAACCAGGCAGCAUGGAGAUGAUGCAUCGGAAGAGAAGAAAGCACGCCACAUAAAGAAGUGUGAACAGAGCACUUCUGGAUCUCUUGGACUUCGCAUCUGCGGAAUGCAGGUUUACCGAGCAGAUACUGGCCAAUUUCUCUGCAAAGACAAAUAUUAUGGAAGGAAACUGUCACCUGAUGGCUUCAGAGAGGCCCUCUGCCAGUUCCUUCACAAUGGUAACCGUCUCAGAACAGACGUUUUAGAACCCAUUGUGUCACAGCUAAAGGCUCUGCUUUCAGUCAUCAAAAGCCAGAGUUCCUAUCGAUUCUACUCCAGCUCCCUUCUCAUCAUCUAUGAUGGACAGGAACCAAAGGAGAAUAAAGAAACCUUAGCCAACCAUCCUCAGGGGUGUUUUCAGAACAUAAAACGCACCAUGCCACAUGGGACGGGUCACCCCAAAGUUGACGUCCGCAUGAUAGAUUUUGCUCACACCACUUAUAAAGGUUCAAAGUAUAAUCAUACCAUCUACGACGGGCCAGACCAUGGCUAUAUUUUCGGGCUAGAAAAUCUUGUCAAAAUUCUUGAGAAUACCAGAGAAGGAGAAUGACAAAUGCUGUGACACAGCAUGGACUUUGUGGUGAUAGAUAUCCCAGGAAGGGACUGCCUAUGCAUGGGGCCCCUCCCGGCUUUUGAACAUCCUCUGUACUGUUUGGAAUGAGAGCAUUGGUGCCUUGCUAGGAAAGCGCAGAAGAUGCUACAUGCCAUUACCCAAUCGAACUGUAAAAGCAAAGGAUUGAAAAGAAUCCAUCGUGUCUGUGAUCUCGCUAAAGAUUUAUUUUCCUUUCUUCUUUUACUGCUGUCCUUGAUUUGUUUGCGAGCAAGAGGAAAGCAUUACUUGAAAGAAUCUUAAAAUUAACAUAGGGCCUGCUCACCUCCAUAUCACCUGCAAAGCCAAGAACGCUAAGCAAAGACCAUGCAGUUGAAAGACUAUUAAGAGGUGUUGGCAGGUCUUAACAAGUUGCAGCAUUACUUUCAACCCAAGCUCAACAUGAUGGGCCAAGGACAUUCAAUGACACAAACAGAAGACAAUUGCACUUUCUGAUCUUCAUGCUCCAAACACCUGGCACUUUUAAAACUGUGAUAAUGUGUGAAGCCCUCAGUAUGGUGUGUGUGUAUAUAUAUGUGUGUGUGUAUGUGUAUAUAUAUAUAUUAUACAUACACACACACACACGGUAUAUGUGGUGCUAUGUAAGAGGUGCUAUGUUUAAAAGGUCCUUGGUGUACGGAAUUUAUAGUCCCAAGGCAUGAGUGAGGAUGCUACAAAGCACAGACAGAAUCGUACAAGUACUUAAUAUGCCCUGGAAGAAUAAGGGGGCAGACUAAGGAGUUUUCUGAAGGAGGGGAUGGAAAGGAGCCAGAUAUAUCAGAGAGUGCCGAGUCUGUCUGAUACUGAUGUCAAGAGUGCCGAUUAGGUGAGAUACUGGUCAUGAAAGGAUUCUCAUCAGGACCUGGUAGUGUGACAUGAGGCUUGCCUGUGCAUGAAACUUAUUCCAGAAUAAGGUACAGUGUGAAUUCAAAGUGGAACAGCUGUUCUGAAAUAACUCCGUGUGUGGGUGCUUGUAUUCUGGAAUAAGAGUGCCUUUUUCUGGCUUAGCUUAAUCCACUUCCAAAGUGCAAAAUAGUUAUUCCGGAAUAACUCCAUGUUUGGACCGGCCCUCUGAGUCAGGAACUGGACAUUUAGGGUCUUUUUUUUUUUUUUUUUUUUAACUGUGUAUGUGUGUGCGUGUGUGUGUUUGGAGAACACACAAUUGGGAAAAUUUAACAAAAUGCUUACAAUAUUUGUGGGCAGAUAAGAAUACGGAACAACCAAUAUAACCAAUUCCUUCCUGUGCAAUAUGGGAAACCUGUUAGAAUGUCCUUAAGUCAAGAACAGAGAUACAAAGUUACAAUUACUGGGGAGCUGAAGUGUAAAUAAAAUUGUCCAGGUCACUGUCA